AUGUCGUCCACGGCCCUUCCGAAGCGCGUUGCGCUGAAUCGCAACGCCCCCACGACCGACUCCUCAGCCAGCUCGGUUUCGGCCUCGCCCUUUGAUAGCCCGCGCCAGUCGCCCUCGUCGACCUCGCUGUCCUCCAUGGCCUCGGAGCAGGAGCACUCCAAGAUGCUCGACACCUAUGGCAAUGAGUUCAAGAUCCCCGACUUCACCAUCAAGCAGAUCCGCGAUGCCAUUCCCGCCCACUGCUUCCAUCGCUCCGCCAUCACCAGCUUGUACUAUGUCUUCCGCGACAUUGCCAUCCUGGCCUCCGUCUUCUACCUCUUCCACAACUAUGUCACCCCGGAGUAUGUCCCGCUCAUGCCCGUUCGUGUUGCCCUCUGGACCCUGUACACCGUCGUUCAGGGUUUGGUCGGUACCGGUGUCUGGGUGCUGGCCCACGAGUGCGGUCACCAAGCCUUCUCCCCCUCCAAGGUGCUGAACGACACUGUUGGCUGGGUCUGCCACUCGGCUCUGCUGGUCCCCUACUUCUCGUGGAAGAUCUCCCACGGCAAGCACCACAAGGCCACAGGUAACAUUGCCCGUGACAUGGUGUUCGUUCCCAAGACCCGUGAGCAGUAUGCCAGCCGUGUUGGUCGCACCCUGCACGAGCUCAGCGAGCUGAUGGAGGAGACCCCCAUUCUGACUGCCUCCAACCUGCUACUCCAGCAGCUGUUCGGCUGGCCCAUGUACCUGAUCACCAACGUCACCGGCCACAACAACCAUUCCAAGCAGCCCGAAGGCCGCGGUAAGGGCAAGGCCAACGGCUGGUUCGGCGGUGUCAACCACUUCAAUCCCUCCAGCCCUCUGUACGAGGCCCGGGACGCCAAGUUGAUCGCUCUGUCUGACCUCGGUCUCUUCAUCACCGGCUCCGUUCUGUACUAUGUCGGCUCCACCUAUGGCUGGCUUAACCUGUUGGUCUGGUACGGUAUCCCGUACCUGUGGGUGAACCACUGGCUCGUUGCCAUCACCUUCCUGCAGCACACUGACCCCACCCUCCCUCACUACCAGCCCGAGGUGUGGAACUUUGCCCGCGGUGCCGCCGCCACUAUCGACCGUGACUUCGGCUUCGUCGGCCGUCACAUCUUCCACGGCAUCAUCGAGACUCAUGUGCUGCACCACUAUGUCAGCAACAUCCCCUUCUACAACGCCGACGAGGCCAGCGAGGCCAUCAAGGGCGUCAUGGGUAACCACUACCGUACCGAGGCCCAGACUGGCUGGACCGGCUUCUUCAAGGCCCUGUGGACCAGCGCCCGUGUGUGCCACUGGGUUGAGCCGACCGAGGGUGCCAAGGGUGAGAGCCAGGGUGUUCUCUUCUACCGCAACACCAACGGUAUCGGUGUUCCCCCCGCCAAGCUGGCCAAAUAG